AUGAGAACCCAAAUACCACGAUCAUUGCCCAAACGGAGCAUAUCGUUUCAAUAUGAGUUUCGACGGAGCAAGCAAUUUUGGUUCAAGGUGAGGAAAGGCAUCUAUUAUGUUCAAGAAAAACUGGGGCCUAUAGUUCGCCGACUAAUACCAAACUUCCUGGUUGCGCAUUACACAUAUAUCAUCUUUUGGUGCAUUAUAGGGUCUAUAUUGAUUUAUCCACAGCGGAACAUCAAAUACAUAGAUGCUUUGUUUUUUGCAUGCGGUGCAUCUACACAAGCUGGGCUGAACACAGUCGAUACAAACAAGCUUACGCUGUUCCAGCAAAUGGCUAUAUAUAUUGUGUCCAUGUUGACGACCCCCAUUUUCAUCCAUUCGGCCAUUGUUUUCCUCAGACUGUUUUGGUUUGAAAAGUCCUUUGAUGACAUUAAAGAGAAAUCCAUGCAGAAUUUCAAAAUGAGACGAUCGGCAACCCUGGCACAGUUUAGAACACAAACUAUGGACAGCAGAACACUGACAACAAACCGUACAAACACAACAGUCGCACAUACGAAGGGUUACAACACUCAUAAUGCUUCCGAGGACUUGGGUGAAAGAUUGAACAAGCUAAACCAAAAGCAGCAAGAAGAAGACCACGAGCAAAAGUUGGAUAAAGUAUUUGAAAAUGAGUAUUUUGUGCCAACGUCCUCAAGCUCUGGUGGCUCACCAGAGAUGAAGAACCAUGAGAAAGGUCAUGACAUUGAGAUGGUCGAUCUGGAUGGCUCGAGGUCUCGUAAUGAACAGGCUGUGCCCGUAAUCCAUUACAGCGAGCCGAGCGACGACGAAGAAGAAGAAGAAGCAGAAGAAGAAGAAGGGGAGGAGGAGGAAGAAAUUCCACAGGAGUAUGUUCCACAUACAAGGGAUAUCAAGUUUGCGGAACUCCCCAAACCUCCAAAAAAACGGCGUGAAAAGGACGUUGAACCAAGAGAUUUGUACAUGUCCAUUUCCAUGAUGCAGCAAAAUAAAAACAAUGAUACGGCAGACGAUGAGUCUGGACCAGCAUUAGUGAUCCAAGGGCCUGCGGAGCGCACAGGAUUCAAACUACCAGGCCACAUCAGCCGUCAUGAAAAGGAGCUGAAACGGAAGCAGAUCAAGAAGCUCAAAAAGAUGGAAAAAAUGCAAACCGAACAGCCGAAAGCAAAUCCCGCAGAUCCUCCGAGAGGAAGAGCUAUUCAGUUUGAGGAUCCUGUCCGUCCUCCAAGAAGCAGUGCGAACCGACCACGACACGAAUCUGCAUCCCCUUUAGUGCCAGAGCCGGAAGCAGAAGCAGAAGCAAGCGAGGACGAAAAUCUGAGUGCUGAUGAGGGUGACUUGCAUUCCGUUGGUGAUUUGAGCGAUGAUCAACACCUCAGCGACGAAGAGGAUGGAAGUGGCUUCCGGCACAUUGGAAGGACUCAAUCGCACGUUGUCAAGUUACCUACUGAACAGCAUGGAACUAAAAUCGAUAGGAGGGCCCAUACCUUUGAUGUCUCUACCAAGAAGAACCCAGAAAACCACAAGAAAGUAACAAACAUUGUCAAGUCGCCAACUUUUGAUAAGAUGCUUCGCAAGAAUAUGAAGAAAAAGGCAAACAGGUUCACCAGAAUAGGAAGAAGAUUUACAGCAUCCAGAUCACUCCCAUUUACAUCUUCGGUUGACAGUGCUGAAGACCUGUCGGAUGAUGGACUCAUCAGUCUUUAUUCAAGAUCAAGCAGGAAUACACAGCCCAAAUACUUGUCUUGGACUCCAACAAUCGGAAGAAACUCCACUUUUGUGGCUCUUACGGAUCAACAAAAGGAAGAGCUGGGUGGUGUUGAGUACCGUGCUUUGAAACUACUUAGUGCAAUUCUCGUGUUUUACUACGUUGGUUUCCACUUAAUGGGAAUUGUGUUCUUCGUCCCCUUCAUCACGACGAAACUGAGAUACUUGAACCUUGUGAGAGAGGACGGUGUUGCGCCAGUUUGGUGGGGGUUUUGGUAUCCACAGACCUGUUUCAAUGACUUAGGAAUAACCCUUACUCCUGACUCGAUGAACUCGUUUAGCGAGAACGCUUAUUCUUUGAUUAUUGGAGGGUGUUUGAUCAUUGCAGGUAACACUGGUUUCCCUAUCAUGCUCAGAUUUAUUAUUUGGAUUCUAUACAAGUUUUCCAGACCGCUGACGUUGUUCAGAGAAUCGCUUGCUUUUCUGAUGGAGCACCCCAGAAGAUGCUUCACUUUGUUGUUCCCUUCGGGCCCUACCUGGUGGCUAUUCUUUGUGUUGGUGGUGUUGAACAGUAUUGAUUGGCUCUUGUUCAUUAUUUUGGACUUCAACAAGCCUGUGCUUUCUGGAGUCGACCGAGGAUAUCGGGUCCUGGACGGACUUUUCCAAGCUAUUUCCACGAGAACUGCUGGACUCAGUGUGGUGGAUCUAUCUCAGUUAAGUCCUGCUGUUCAGGUGAGUUAUUUGGUGAUGAUGUAUAUCUCUGUGAUGCCUCUUGCCAUUUCUAUUAGAAGAACCAAUGUUUAUGAGGAACAAUCGCUUGGAGUUUACUUUGACAACGAUGCGAAUAACAAUGAGAACGACGACAAAAAGCAGCAGACCAUUUCCUUUAUUGGAACACACUUGCGGAAGCAACUUUCUUUUGAUCUUUGGUUCCUUUUCCUCGGUUUGUUCAUUAUUUGCAUCUCUGAAGGAGGAAAGCUAACCAAUGGGGACGUUCAUUUUACCAUUUUUAGCGUUCUUUUCGAAAUUACGUCGGCAUAUGGUACUGUUGGAUUGAGUCUUGGGUACCCAAACACAACUCCCUCAUUUUGUGGCCAGUUCAAUACGCUUUCCAAGGUUGUCUUGAUUGUCAUGAUGGUGAGAGGACGCCACAGAGGAUUGCCAUACGCUAUUGACAGAGCCAUAAUUUUGGAGACCGACAAGAUCAAGAUGAGAGACGAUAUGCAGGCGCAUCAUACUUUGAGGAGAACUCAGACUCUGCAGCCUCAUCUGACGUCUGUGUCUUCGCAAAACGCACCAUUACUGCGUGUCAAUACAACGAGGAACGAAGAGCUGGACACAAGCAAUAUCAUUCCAUUUUUGAGACGCAAGGCCUCGGCUGCCGCCGGGGAACUAAAAAGAAGUUUGCUUCAUCACGGCAAUGACAAUAUAGAUGAAGAAGCCCUGGAUUUCGACGAUGACGAGUCUGUGCCAUCGUACCCUAGAUAUAGAGACCCCCAGUUUGAAGGCACAGACGUGAUCAGCGGCAAUGUUCCCGAGGGUGAGUCUGUGUCACCGCAGGAGCAGGCUUCUGUUUCCUCGAGAGAUAAGUUGAAACGUCAUAAUUCCUUUUAA